AUGGACGCCCUUCGAAUGAGACUGCCUGCUCCCAGGCAAGCAAAGCUGGAGAAGCAAUCCACGGUCAGACCAAAUUCAGACCCCGUGGAACAGUCAUUGGAAGCCACAUUCGCCUCUCUAACGAAAGCCGAAGCUCCAUGGUAUCGAGUUGCGAGUCGCAUCAAGUUAUACAGCCUAUUGUUCCCGGCAGCAGUAAUGGCCUAUGCAACCAGUGGAUAUGACGGCUCUAUGAUGAACUCUCUCCAGACCGUGUCGUACUGGGAAGAUUAUUUUGGGAACCCAGAAGGGUCACAGCUCGGUUUGAUGAGCGCCAUCAUGGCACUGGGUAGUAUCUGCUCCACGCCGUUAGCCCCGCUAGCUGCAGAUACCUGGGGUCGGCGAUGGGGGAUCACCAUCGGCAGCAUCAUUAUGGCGAUUGGGGCCAUAAUUCAGUGCGAAAGCAAGAACUACGACACUUUCGUGGGCUCACGAUUCCUUUUGGGAUUCGGAUUAACUUUCUGCACGACCGCUGCCCCGAGUCUGGUCGCCGAGCUAUCCCAUCCAAAGGAGCGUCCGACGAUCACGGCUAUCUGUAACACAUGCUGGUACCUAGGCAGCAUCAUAGCGGCAUGGGUCACAUUCGGUACUCGGAACAUCCCUAGCACCUGGUCUUGGCGGAUCCCUGCGCUACUCCAGAUAGUACCAAGCGCGCUGCAACUGUCAACCAUCUGGCUGCUACCGGAAUCUCCGCGGUGGCUAGUUUCACACGAUCGGGCAGAAGAAGCACUGGAAGUCCUAAAAAGGUAUCAUGGUGAUGGCCGUGCCACUGAGUUGGUCAUGAUGGAAUAUCAAGAGAUACGAGAAGCAAUCGAUCAGGAGAAAGUGUCCGAACAAACCACUUGGAAGUCGAUGGUCCAGUCCAGUGGGAACCGCUAUCGUAUCUCUCUUGUUUUCUGUAUGGGCCUCUUCUCACAGUGGUCCGGCAACGGUCUUGUUUCAUACUACCUAUCUCAAGUGCUCAACACAGUUGGCGUGAAGAAUAAAGACACUCAGUCCUUGAUCAAUGGAUUGAUCAACAUCUGGAACUGGGCGAUCGCCCUCUUCGCUGCGAAUAUUACAGACAGAGUAGGUCGCCGACCGCUUUUUCGCAUCUCAACAGUCGGCAUGUUAGUGGUUUUCACCGCAUGGACAAUUGCAUCGGCGCUAUUCGCACAGGAGGGGACCAACGCAGCAGGAAUUGCCGUCAUCGCGCUAAUCUUCCUCUACCAAGCAUGCUAUUGCGUUGCCUUCUCCCCGCUUCCUGUGGCGUACUCGGUGGAAAUCUUGCCUUAUUCGAUCCGCGCCAAGGGGAUGGGGGUUUAUGUAUUUUCGACCAAGGCGGCGAUCUUCGUGAAUCAGUACGUGAAUCCGAUCGGGCUGUCGAGCAUUGGGUGGCGGUUCUAUCUUGUCUAUGUGGUGAUCUUGGUGAUCGAGAGCAUUAUUGCGUAUGGGUGGUUCGUGGAAACUAGGGGCCGAUCCUUGGAGGAGAUCAAAGAGAUAUUCGAUGGAGAGGAAGAAAGUGUUAGGUUGGAUAAGGGCGACGAUGAGACCAAGGAAGUAGUUUCUCAUUCGGAGAAUGUGUCGGCGUCACUUCGAUAG